CGGCCGGGGGAAGGCGGAAGGGUUUCGGGGCGGUGCCGCUCCCCGGCCUGCGAAGGCAGCAGCGCCCGGUGCCAUGGCGCGGCGGCGCCGGCGCCUCCGCUGCUGAGGGGAGGCCCGCGCCGGCAGCCGCCAUGGCCGCCGCCCUCCGGUGCGCCCUCUGCAGCUGCCUCCUGCUCUGCGUAACUGGAAUAGUGCCAAAGCCCCAAAAUGCAAGAAUUAUUUCGGUUAAUCUUCGUAGCACUUUACAGUGGGAUGCACCUAGGUUUCACAAAGGGAAUAUAAGUUACACUGUCCAAUCUAAGAGCAUCAAUUUCCCUGGAGACACGUAUGAAAAUGUGAGCACAAACUUGAGACUCACAGAGUGCGAUGUCUCUUCCCUGUCUGCAUAUGGAGACUACGUUUUACAGGUCAGAGCAGAGUCAGAAAAUAACCAUUCAGACUGGGCAGCCGUCAGAUUUAAGCCAAUGGAUGACACAGUCAUUGGGCCACCUGAUGUAAAAGUGAAGUCAGAGUCUGGGUCCCUGCAUGUGGAUUUCACAGGCCCUUUUGCUGAACAUGAACAUGACAAGUGGCCUCUAAAGCAAUACUACGGCUCAUGGAAUUACAGAAUACUGUACUGGAAGAAAGGCAGCAAUACAGAGGUAACUCACAUAGAUACUAAACAUAACUCUGAAAUAUUAUCUCAGUUGGAGCCGUGGACAAUAUAUUGUAUUCAAGUGCAAGCAGUUAUCCCUGAGUGGAACAAAACAGGGGAACUGAGCAGAGAGCUUUGUGAGCAGACAACCCACAACGGUGUAACUCCUGUGUGGAUAAUUGUGACCGUUCUUAUAGGAUCAAUGUUGGUCGUUGUAAUAUCUGUUCCUGUUUGUUUCUUUUCCUUUUUGUAUCUCUAUCGACUCACCAAACAUGUUUUCUGCCCUUCAUAUAUUUUCCCCCAACACUUGAAAGAGUUUUUGAGCAAGCCUCCCAGUGGUGCGCAGUUUUUUUCUCCACUCCCACAAGAAGAGCAUCUUUUUUAUGACAAGCUAACUGUUGUUUCAGAAGAAUCCAGAAAUAACAGUGAUAAGACUGGGGAUGAGGCCAGCAAGACAACAGAGCACCUUCAGGACUCUGAACAAGAAGAUUCUGAUUCAAGAAUAGUACCAGCUUCAGAAAAGGCCUAAAUGCACUCCUCGUACUUUACUCGGACCAAAAGAAAAGCAAAUGGGCUGUUGAGUUUAUCUUCUUAUUGCUGCAUUCUUAAGACAGUAAAAAUUCAUAUGCGAAGAUGUAUACACAGACUUUUCAGAGAAUCAUAUUAUUUUUUUAAAGUACAAGAAACUUGACUAUAAAUGAGGAAUUAUAUGAUACGUAAUUUUUGCCACUGUUUGUAGUGGCUCACUGUUAAGUUGUAGCAAUACCUUGGACUGUAUUACAACAUUAAUUUUAAAAGCAAUUAUAUAUAUAUAAUACUAGUUAAUUUAACUUUGAUGAACUAUUUAUUGCAAAAGCUAAUCAAAAUGAUAUAUUGUAUAAGGUUUGUAAAAGAAAAUCACGUUUUGUAAAGAAAGACCUGAUCUGACUUAUUUUUUUUAAUGAAAAAUUAUGUGUAUUUCUUAUGGAUGUCCCUCGUGGUGUAAUCUUUCUAUUGAAUAUUUUUUUACCUGGUGCAAAACUGUAAAGUUAUCAUGAUGGUAUGAACUUGGUGUGAAUAAACCAAACAUAAAUA